AUGUCUGCAUCUCCACCACCGCCUCCGUCUCCCCACACGACGGCGCACGCAUACGCCAGCAAUGGUUUGGAGAUUUUGCAGGCGGCCAGCGAUGCCGCCCAGGCCAUCCAAAACUCCGAGGCCCUGCAGCAUGCCGCUGCCCAGGCCGUCGGCCAGCAGCAGGCCGUCGUCGCGCAUCAUCUCGGCCCCGGCGCCGAGAUGACCUCGCCGCACAUGGUGCCCGGGCAGGGUGCCCUGAUGCGCGAUCCGACCAUCAAUCCCAAGCUGACUCGUUUGCGACGCGCGUGCGACAUGUGCAGCAUGCGAAAAGUCAAAUGCGACGACUCCAACAUCCCCUGCCGGCCUUGUCGCGAGCUCAAUGUCGACUGCACCUACCACCGUGAGACGAAACGUCGUGGGCCGCCGAACAAGCACGCAGAAGCUGCCAAGGCCGCAAAAAAGGCACGGCAUGAGGGCGAAAUUGAUGGCUUCUCCGCCUCGCCAUCGCCUCAUAUUGCGGCCAAGACGCUACUGACCAUUUCGUCUGACGCUGUUCUUGACGCCGAGUCUAUAGCGCCGAUGCCAGUUCUCGAACUGCUUAUCGACGACUUCUUCACCUAUGUUCAUCCCCUUGCGCCGUUUCCUCACGAACCUACGUUCCGUCAGUCCUUUGCCAACCGAGAAGAUCGUACCCGUCCCGAAUUUCUUGGUCUGCUGUCCAGUAUGAUUGGCGCACUUGUCGCGUCUUUUCCUCGCUGUGUCAGAGAGCACCUCAAGUCACAACACAGCAUCCACCUUUUUCCAAAGGCAGUGGUGAUGGUGGACAAGUGUCGUGACAUUGCACUUCAUACCCGAGGCGCCAGGUGGCCCAUCAAGCAACCCAAAACUCUGGAUGACGCCAUGGCUAGCUACUUUCUGGGUCUUGGCGCGGCAUACACCAUUCAGUUCAAUGUCGCUCGUGUCUUUCUUUCCGAAACUCUUACUCUUAUUCGCGAGCUUGGCUUCACGCGACCCAAGCACCAGGGCGAACAACCAAAUUUCGGACACGAGUCCUACGGGAACGAACCUCUCCCUUUUAAUCACAUCAAGGAUCAGAUUGGAAAGAGAAUAUUCUGGUGCUUGCUCCUUGGUAAUAGAUCAUUAUUCCAGCUCACAUCGCAUAAUGACAUGGUCAUUGCACCAUCCACCCCGAAUCUCCCAUACCCUGCAUACCCUGAGAAUGUCGACGACAUGGGCAUUCAAGCAAAUGAAGUAAAUCACCAAGCUGACGGCACGGUUACUUUGCUCACUGGAUUCCGCUUCGCCAUUGAUAUAUAUACCACGAUGAACGGCAUCGUCAGCCUCGAGCUCGCAUACGGUAUGAGCACGCUGCCAUGGGCUGAUCAGCGCAUUCUGCUACGGGACGGCCUGAUGGCUGCCAAGAGCAUCAUUGAUAACCUGCCACCGGAACUUCAGUUGGGCAGCUCCAGUGCCGAAGCGAAUCCACUGGCGAGCCUGGACGAGUCCGGCAUGCAAUACGUCCCGCCUGUGUGGCCCAAUACGCAACCUUCGCACGAUUUGCGUCAUGCCAUCAAAGCCCACCCUGUCCGUCGUCGCCAGCUGCAAUACGAAAUCCAAAAGGCCAACAUUUUUGUGUCCCAGCUCGCCACACGGUCCUACUUUGUUGAGCUUUACUUUGACCUGCGCGACGUUCAUUUAACGGAGCACGAGGGGGCCAACCAGUCCGAGGACAGCAAAGAACUACUGGUGCACGACGAUGGCGGCGACGACAAGGAAAUCUACGAGCUCAUGUCGACGGAGCGCGAGCUCAUUGUCCAGAACCUGUUGAUGGUGCUGGGCUGCAUCUCGCAGCGCAACCUCGAGCCCAACGGGCGCUCGCUCGUCGAAAAGAUUCGGCAGGUCGCGUCGACGCUGCUCAACGACGCGCCGCACCGCAAGGGCCCGCUGGCCGUCAAGUCGGAGGAGGCCCUCGAGCAGCUCAUCGAUGUGCUCAUGAAGCUGGAGAAGACGGGCCCCACGGGCGAGACGAGCAACGCCGGGGUUGACGCGCACCACAUGACGGCCGAGGAUGAGGACGCGGAGCUCGGCCACUGGGCGGAUCUGAGAGAGUACCAGCUGCGCUUCGCGGCGGCGGGCGGCUUCAACGGCGGAUUGUAA